AUGGUGGGCCCUAAACCACAGAUUGAAUCAGAAGCACCACCUCCACCACCACAGACGGCGACAGCAUCAGCUGAAGAAGAAGCGCUAAAAAGGAACACUGAUUGCGUUUACUUUCUGGCUUCUCCUUUAACUUGCAAAAAGGGAAGUGAAUGCGAUUAUCGCCAUAGUGACAUUGCAAGGGUAAACCCGAGGGACUGUUGGUUCUGGUUACAUAGUAAUUGCCUGAAUCCGAAGUGUGGGUUCCGCCAUCCGCCGCUGGAUGGACUGUUGGGGACACAAGCUCAAACUUCUGCUUUGUCUGCUGUACCUCCAUCACAAUCUGCCUCUACACCUGCUCCACUUGUUCCAAAUGCCUCUGGUAAACAAGGGGUGCCCUGCAUAUUCUUCCAGAAAGGGUACUGUUUAAAAGGUGACUGGUGUCAAUUUUUGCAUGUACCGAAUUCUGUGAGUAAUAAAAACACACAGGUGCCAGGAAUGUCUACUGCUGAGUCUGCAUCUUUCAAGAAUACUUUCGGUGGACCUGAAAAGUGCACAGAAGAAAAGAAGGUCCCAUCGAAAACUGUAGAAAAAUUAGUCGAGUUACCUUUGCAUACAAAACCAGCUGUGAAAGUGGAACCCGCUCCUGCGAGGAAUGAAUUUGGAAAAAAGACACUGAUGACUUCAGAAAUGAAUGAAGAGUUUUCUGUCUACAGACCAGCUAGUAUUUCACCUGCUAAUAAUGAAAAGCAAUCCAGCAGGACUAUCUGUGUUCAGCAGUCUCACCCGGUGGAUGAACAUGGUAGUAUGAAUAGUAAGGAUGCAGAAGAAUUUUCGAGAGAGCCCUCCCCUGGUUUUGAUGUUCUGGUGGAUGAUGAACUGAGAGAUUCUGAUUACUAUCCUGUUGAAGAUCAGUAUGGAAUGACUGGGGAUCAUGAAGGUAGGAAUGAAUAUGACAUUGGGCAUUCUGCUGAUUAUAAUUCAAUGGUUGAUGUUGACCGUGAUAUAUAUCGUGAUCCUCGUGGUUAUGACUCGUAUGACCGUAUUCAAGGUCAGUAUGCUUGGGAGCAGCACAGGGCUUCAUCUGAGAGGAUGUCGGGAGGGUCUGCUUACCAGAAAAGGAGACAUUCUAGAGUCAAUGGUCCCGAUCUAAUUAAUGAAACAGAUCUAAGGAAUCAUUUGUCAAAGCACAGAAGAAGUAAUGGUUUGAGGUCUGCCAUCAGUCAUGAAUAUGCACGUGACAGACAUGAUGAUCAAGGAUACAAGGUUUCAACUAGGGAAGCACAAUAUUUGCCCCCACGUGAGAGUUCUUUUAGUAGUCGCCUUCGAGGAAGAAUAAAACUUCCAGGGAGAUCUUCUUCUCCACUUGAUGGAAGGGACUUACACGUUGACAGGGAAAUAAUUAGGGGAACAGAUCAUGGUAGAUCGUCUUCUGGAAGGACACAACAGUCCUCUCACCAUGGAAGGCGAGACAGAAUAAAGGGGAAGGAGGAAGAUGAUUUUAAUGUUGGCGGGAAGAAUAAUAGAGGUGGGAACUUAAGAAGAGAAAUGAAGGGUGAAAAUAUUACUGACUUUGCUGGUCCAAAAAGUCUUGCAGAGCUUAAAAGCAGGAAAAAUGGUGAGACUAGUGAGCAGCCUUCUCUUGGGAAGAGAAAACACUCCAUGCUUGAUGGUUAUCAACAACCAUUUGAAGGGCCUAAGCCUCUGGAAGAGAUUCUGAAGCAGAAAAGGGGUGAAAUAGCUGCCUCGGGUAAUAAUAAAGACAACAAUCAAAAGGAAGAAGGAAUGCGGAAAAUGACAAAGAUUACUUCGACUGUGGAGGAUCAGCGUGCUCUUUCGUCAACACCUGUUAAUGAGGAUUCCAAAUCUGCAUCAGGUGGUGAUCGUGGAGCAGAAAAAUACGGAUUAAGUGAUGCUAGAGAGCUAGAAGCUGAAGAUGGAAUGAUAGUUGAUGAACAGUUGGUUGACCAAGAACAUGAUGUGUAUAAGCAGAGGGAUGGUGCAUCCGAUAAUGAGCAAGUGGAUGGAGAAUAUUAUGAUGACUUAGAUGAAGGUGAAAAUGGAGAUGCUGAAGAGGAAUACCCUGAUGAUGAAGAUGGAGACGACUUUGCAAAGAAGAUGGGUGUCGUGUACUCGUGA